AUGCAGCAGGAGCUCUGGCUCCGGGCCAAAUCUCAGGUUAUCGCCUCCCUGAAAGCAGUGUGUGCAAUGAGGGCAGCAGCCGCCUCGCACCCGCUUCCUCCACCGCCGUACGAACACGAGCUGAAGAACGCCCUGUCCUCCAGUGAUGGCAGCUCACUGAGACCGACACACCUCAGGACACGGGUGACCAACGGCACGUUUAUAAACAGUCACGGGUUUCCACAUGGCCAUACCAGAGAACCUGCAGAUAAACAAAAUACUGCUGAGAGCCCAAGGAAUCUCAACAACCCGGUGAAAUCCUCGAGGAGCCACCAGGAGCUGCACAGAGAGCUGCUAAUGGCCCACAGGAAGGGUCUGGCUGUGUGCUGUAAACCUGAGCUGCAGAUGGUUCUGGAGAGGAGGAAGAAGGAGCAGACCCAGAGAGAGGAAGGGGAACAGUGCAGGAGCCCUCUGGAGCAGGUCCUCCUCCAGCGACAACAGAAGCAGCAGGAAGUGAUGAGGGAAAAGGAACAGGAAGAGAAAUUACGGCACGAGGUACAGCUUCUGGAGUUUGUCAGAGUGAGACAGAAUUUGAAGAAAGUGCAUUCAGCGCUAAACAAAAACACCAACUCCUGAAAAUCAGCCAGGAAAUAAAGCUGGCUUUGACAAGGAGAAACAAAUCUGCCGUAGAUCCCCAAACCUCCCGGAAUAACCUUCAACAAGACUGAAUGGGAAAUUUGCAUUUUAAAUACAGUACCACAGUGUUUGUCUUUGUCCUUUUUGUCCAGAUGAAUGUUUUCAAAAUCCAUAAUGCAACAAACUAAUGUAGCUCUGAUAUAAAAGUAAGGGUUUUUUGAGCAACACAUGCUUUGUUUACGGGACAAAUCCUGACGAGUUGCAUGUUAAUCUUCAGAAUUGUGUAAUUUUAAUAAAUUUAAACUUUUUUUCCUUGGAGUGAUGGUCUAUCUCCACUUUGGUUAAGAUUUUCCUAUAGCAUCUACAAUGACCUCAGAACACCCACAGAAUGGCGUCAGUAGGAUGGUGCGUACUGUAACCUAUAUUUGACUAAGAAGUAUUUUGCAGGAUGGAAUGAUGUCAUUUUCUCCCCUGGUGUCAUGGAACUGCAAAGGGCUAAAUUAGGCAGGUGUCUGCAUGUUCAUAAACAGGGAAGGAACGUCUAGUUAAGGACACUACCCCGAGUUAAUGAGCAGGAAUUUUAAGAUAAAGUACUGAUUUCUUCGUCUUUUUCUGGUUAUAGCUUGGGAAUUAUAAGCUGCAACCGUAAAUCAAACCCAACAUAACUCUAAUGCUGAAUUUAAGGUGAAGCUGUGACUUAUACUGUAGCUCCCUGUCUAAGGCUGACACAGUUUGUUGUUCAAACAGUAUGGUGCAAUUUCGGUUUAGGAGACAGCACACCACAAAUAUAGAAUAACUCUAUUAAUGUCAUUAGUAACAUCAGCACUGCAUGCACCUGCUAAUUUCUCACAUAAAUAACGCAAAUACCUCACCAACCAACAAAUUAGCACUAAACACACUAUACAUAGUUUAAUAUAAACAUAAUGAAUGUGUUUCAAGGUGGCCUUUUUUCUUUAAUGUUCACCUUUGAGUAUAUUAUUAAUCCGUUUGCUUUUGUUCUUGUAAA